CUCAGUGGUGCACUCUUUCUGGACGAGCUUCCUUUGGUGGCGAGAAAAUCACGGCGGAACAUUGUAAAGAGAAAUGUAAAGACGGAUGCCUUGGUAUGGAGUGGUGGGAAAAAUCACGCAGCUGUUAUGAGUGUACUGAUCCCUCCAAAAAGACCGCGUACACCAUAUCUGUGACACUUACCUCGCAUCGACGAAAAACCAGACUGUAUAAAUUCAGUUUUAAAAAAACAGAAAAAGAAACUUGACAGCAGUUAUAUUUCAUUUUGUGGUGCCGCAAUACAAGAACACAACCGUAGGGUACAGUUACGCACUUACGCUUUACCAAACCACUUUCAGAAGCAAUUGAAUUCCCCGUUUUUAAUUGACCAGAAAAUGAUUCUUGCUAAAAUACAAAAAACAAGGCGUUUUACUGUAUUGCGAUUAAUGCCCCCAUUAAAAGGCACAGCUCCUAACUUACACACCAUCCAUUUCAUCUUGACCGAGCAUGCGCUGUUUUCAUUUUAUUUGUUAUGAUAUCUUUUCUUUCUCUCUCUUUACAGCAAGGCCAUUUCUUAAAGACCUCAAGUAAGUUGCAUUUUCUUUGAUGAAAAUAAAAGUGAUAAAAAUUAAAAUGCUAUUUUUAUAUAUUUCCUAGCUAAGCAAAAAUUUUUAUACUGUUCUUUGAGGACGGUCAAUUAUUAUAAGUAAAUUUCGAAAAGUUCGUAAAUAGCAUAUAGUAGCUGUUCGUUUUUUCCCUUGUUCUCACCCGGCCAAAAGGGAUCCAAAGCUUAAGGGAGUUUAUUCCUGAAAAAAAAAAACAAACACACGAGCAAAAUAAACAAUCAAACUAAUUCUCAUAAAGGGCGUCUAUUAGACAGCGGGCGUUUAUUAGAGAGGGGUGAAUAAUCCAAUUUUUACAGUGUAUAGAGGAGGCGUUUAUUAGGUAAGAGGUCAUUUAUAUGGAAGUGGGCGUUUAUAAGGUCAUUUAUGGUAUUCAUACUGCUUCAUAUGUAAACUAUUAAUCAACUUCUCAAAUGGGAAUCAGACGGUAACAAAAUUUACAACCGUGUAUGAAAAGAACUUUCAUUUCAAAAUUAUUAGCUCUAAAAGGGUCAAACACUAGUCAAACUAGAUACCGUUUGUAAAAACAGCCGGUUUACACGGCAUGCGUAUAGAAGCGUCAAGCUAAUGAGUUUUGUUGCCUUCCAUUUUUCUAGCUUUUUCAAAAUGGCUUGAUUUUACACCUCAGUGGUGUACUCCGUCUGGACUAGCUGCCUUUGGUGACGAGAAAAUCACGGCGGAACAGUGUAAAGAGAAAUGUAAAAACCGAUGCCUUGGUGUGGAGUGGUGGGAAAAAUCACGCAACUGUUAUGAGUGUACGGAUCCCUCCAAAAAGACCGUGUAUACGAACACUAAUGACGCCGGUUAUCCCCCUCACGUGUUCCUUAAGAGCCACAAUUGAAAAAGAUCUUCCUCUCCAUGAAAGAUGUUAUUGAUCGAUAGAUUAUUCGUCACACUAUAAAACUUAAAAAUACAACGUUGAGGAAAUCCUAUGGUGUUACCAUUCAAAUGAAUUCUCAGCGUCUCUCCAUGAUUCUGGAUGGUAGGAAAUUUUAGCUCGUGGAAUCCAGAACCCUGGGCUUUGGAAUCCGGAAUUAAGUUCAAGGAAUUCAGAAUCAUGCUAACGAGUGGAAUAUGGAAUCCAAGUUCCACUGACAAGUAAUCCGGAAUCCACAGUGUAGAAUCCAGAAUCCAGGACUGUCUUGAAUGACCUUGCACGGGGCGAAACCUCAUUGGCAGAACUUUUGCAUGCCGCUACUUAUUUCUUAGGAUUUUACAAAAUGAAAGUUUUUUCUUUGACUAAUAACUAGGAAUAAAAAGGCUCAUUUCAGCCUCAUUUGCUCAGACAAGUUAAGUUUUCCCUGUGACAAGCUUUCAUCAUGAUGUCAAAGAUCUUCGAGUGAGCGAAUCUACUUAAUUUGUUCUCCAUCAGGAUUUAUUAAUUUCCGAAAAAUAGACAUUAAGCUGGUUUGCACUCUCAUUUUAAACUACAAAAUAUGUAAAGUUUUUUUUUCAGCAAUUUAUUUAUUUAUUAUUUAAUUUCAGAAGCAUUUUACGCUCCUGAGUUUCUACUUAGUUAUCAGCAUCAUCAUCAUCGUCAGCAGCAGCAUUAGAAAUGAUCAUCAUCAUCAUCACCACCGUCAAUACCGUUACGGACACCAUCGUCUUAAUCAGAUUUAUAAUUAAAUCAGUCAUCCUUGUUAUCAUUAUCAUCAUCGUUUUGUUUUCUCCGAGAAAAUUGGCUUUAUUUGGAGUGACGGAGCUACUCCGAACGUGAAUACAAUCAAAACUACUACAACGAAUUCAACCUGUAAGGUGUGAACGAUUAAUUGUAGUUCAAUUUCGAGAGAUUAACGACGCGACAGUGGUAAUAAAAAUCAAUAGCAUGAAUACCGGUAAAUACAGAUGACUCAGGUGAAUUAAGGCAUGGGUUUUCGUUACAUGCGGAGUUUUAUGAUUUGAUUUUGUUUUUUUUUUCAGUAUCUUCUUUAAUUUUAACCUUAGAAAGCUUUGAUUAAGACCAGAACCACUUUGGACUUUAAACACUACUUUCUUAAGAUCACGUAACCAGUCACGAACAUAAUUAUGCAAAAUUUGGACUUUGCAGAUUACACCACUUUAGUGAAUGUGAACCCAUCGUUUUUACUUCAAUAAUAUUUCAUUUACAGUCAAAUAAGCUAAAUGAAUCGGGCUUUGCAUUGUGAAAUGAUCUACUCCUUCGUAAUUAUUUAAUAUUUUUCUCUCGUCCCAGUCUCCCUCUUAGCCUCUCCCUCCCUCUCCCAGUCUCCCUCUUAGCAAGAACCUCUUAGCAAGAGAGGAUAAAGGGGACAGAAAAGGCAUCCCCUAUACACACCCUAUUCCAUAGGUAAUUCGUCUCGAGCUAUUUUUAGAAUCGGGAUAAAGUUACCUCGCGCGCUGCGUGGAUGUUUCGCAUGACUAAACGCCGUGCAAAACAUGUCGGGCGAAAGGCAAAAAGCGUAAAGAGAUCGAGAGCAUUCCUGAAUAUUGACGCGAAAUGAUUCGGCGCUCACCUGGGAAAAGGAAAUCGUUAGGCUCUUUGGCAACCCGUGAAGUCAGUUUAACUCGAAGUUGUCGUAACCUCACUGCUUUAAUAAAACGAGAAAUUUCGCCGGUCUAUUGAAACCGGUCGUUGUACAAUAAAGCAAGUAGGACGCCAAGUGUUAUUUUUGUUGAAUAAUAAAAGACUAAUAAAAGAAUAAAUAAAUAAACUGUAAAUUAUGAAUGAUCCUGAGAGAAUAUUCAGUGUGUUAAGGAUUUCCCUGCUGUACGGUUAGCUCUAUACAAGAGAGGAAGGGCGAUUCUUUUUUACUUUCCGUUUCGCUGACACAGCUUUAGCUGAAAUCUCUCUUUAGUCGUUUUCGUCGACAAAACGAAUGACGAAUAGCAAUAUCGCUCUCCGCGUCUUCCGCCAUUUUGUUCUGCGUCAAUUCGUGAAGGACGCGUGGCUCUGAGCGUGGAUCAUCCACGCGGAACACAUUCCCGCUAUGUGAUUGGCUGUUGUCUAAUCCCCCUUUGGAUCUGUGGUCUUAAAAAUAACUCGAGACGAAUUACCUAUGGAAUAGGGUGUGUAUGGGGGAUGCCUUCUCUGUCCUAGCCUGUGAACAGGCUCCCUGUUUGGGGAAAAAAACGCUCGAUUAAAGGCCUGUUCACAGGCUAUAUCUGUCCCCUUUAUACUCUCUUGGUUAUAGUUUACAAAAUGUUGAUGUAAUUUAAGAAAACUCCGAUUAAUUCCAAAAACUCUGUGACAAUAGUCAUUGACAACAAACAAAUUGAAUUGCAAGUGUUAUUUUAAAAGUUUUGGAUUCAAAUAAAAAGUCAAAAACGGGUGUGGCAGGUCACGUGCCAAAGAUAACGCAUUGGUAAUAAUGAAAAAUGAAUACUUAUAGGAAGAAGGAUAUUAAAUUAAAAUUUUUAUGCGAAAGGUAAAAUCCCUACUAAAAGAGACCACCACCCACCAAAUUUGCAGUGCCCCAUUCCUUAAUUCACCGGAGGAUUGAAGGGAGUUGUUUUUUCUGCGGCAUUUCAGUUCAGUUCUAUUGCAUUUCAUUUAUAAUAGUCAAUAAUGUAAAAAGGAUUGAAAGUGGUAGGUCCCAUAGCGCAUGUCUGUUUGAAAUUUCUGGAAAUAGUCUUCAGAAAAACCUAUCUAAUUUCGUUAUUGUUUUUCCGGGUUUUAACUAUAAAAAGUGACAAUUAGGUCGCAAACAACUGGAAGCACAAUAAUUUUCCUUGAACUUCUGGUUUUGAAUAACAUGUCUUACGGACAUAUAAGAAUUAAACAUGACAUAUAAGAAUUAAACCAUUUUUUUAACACAAAGAAACCGGAAAACUUUAAAAAUAUAAGUUAAUGUAGCUUUACUAAUAAAUAUGUACGUACAUAUAAAGUAAGCCGUGUUUCAUGACCGUUGCACAAAGAAAAAAUAUUGGUAUAUCUUUACACAAUGGCCCAUUAGGUAAGUAAAAACUCAUUCAGAGCAUUUAAAAGAUCUACCUUUUAAGAAAUAGAAGAACUUGAUUACACGAUUUUGAACCGACGAUGUUUAAUGACACUGUCCAACGCAAAGUGCAUAAGCUCGCUACUUCAGCGCUUUUUAAUUUUUAGUUUUUUUUUCUGUUGUUUUCGUUUUUGUCUCCGCAGUGCUGUAUAUACCCAUUAACUCGGCGUCAAACUGGUCAGGCAUAUUUUAACCCUAUUUAUUCAUGUCCUUAUCCUGCUUUCAGCAAUCCAUUGCCUGUCAGAAUUAAGUACACAGUUAUGAAUACACUUGUUUAAUUGAUGACUGUUUUCAUUGUUAGAUUCAUUAAAUGUAGAACUACUGAGUUUUUGCUACCUAAGUGAUAGAUGUUUUAAUAAAAGAAACCUCUAUCUCAGAAAUCUUCGAGUUUCACCUAUUUUGUCCACAACAAAUGCAUUCUUACGAGCCGUUAGCAAAUGUCCAUUCGUCUUUUACCUUACUGUUGCUGUUUGAAAUAAUUCAGGCUGCCAAUGUGAGCUUUUACUUUUCCGUUGAAGAAAAUCUCGCCAUCGAAGGUUCUCAAUUGAAUUCCACUAUUUACACGCAAGAUGCCAUGUCAUGUGCUAUGGCCUGCACCAAAGAAAUGAAUUGUUACACGGCAAAUUACAUUAAAGCGGAAAAAAAAUGCGAACUCUUUGGGGAGCAAACGGAAGAUGUCUUUAACAGCCAGGCCGCCAUUGUAUUUUUAAAAGGAUGUUUCUUGAUCAAAAAGGUAAGAAUAUUUGCCUUGCACCCGUGUUGUUAUCGUAGAAAAGCUAAAAUCAAUAAUUAAUGUAUGCACAUUUCAGACAAAAUUUUUCGCCUGUAUAUGGGCUGAUUUGCAAUUGUUCGGAUAGAUCGUCUCAAAUGAUUUCAAUGUCGUAGAGCGAUCGAUCUGUAAUACGUUGUGCACGACCAGCCCAUACAUGUAUACACCCCCGUGAGUUCUAGCGAACGCCUCAAUCGUCCCGGUCGUCCUUAGUUUAAUCGUCUCUCGAUCGAUGGCAUUUCUGAGAUUACUUAGGCAAGAGAGGAUAAAGGGGACAGAGAAGGCAUCCCCCAUACACACCCUGUUCCAUAGGUAAUACGUCUCGAGUUAUUUUUAAGACACACAUAUCCCAAGGGGGAUUAGAAAACAGCCAAUCACAUAGCGCGAAUGUGUUCCGCGUGGAUGACAAUGGCAAUUUCUGGUUUGAUAUUUAUUCUUUUAUUAGUCUUUUAUUAUUCAACAAAAAUAACACUUGGCGUCAGGCGUCCUACUUGCUUUAUUGUACAAACGAGCGGUUUCAAUAGACCGGCGAAAUUUCUCAUUUUAUUAGAGCACUGAGAUUACGACAACUUCGAGUUAAACUGAUUUCACGAGUUGUCAAAGAGUCCAGCAAUACUCUUUUCCCAGGAGAGCGCCGACACAUUUCGCUUCAAUAUUGAGAAAUUUUUUUGGGGGAGGGGGAGGGGUGGUGGAGGGUAAUUAAACGAGUUGCAUUAUGGUCUAUAUAGAAUUGUUAUGUAGCUGGAAAUUUUUCCCAACGGAGCGUGCUCUCAUUGGUUACUUUGAGGUCACAUGACAUGUAACAUCGAAACUGUUUCCCGCCAAAAUCUCUGAACGGGCAACAUUGCAAAAUCUAUGACGUCACAGGGUAACAGUGCACUGUUUAAUACCUGCGAAUGUUGAUCUCCGACCGCCGUUACAGUGAGGUUUAAUGAAUUUCCAGCUUCAAAAUCUCCAGCUUUAAUAUAGCAAAUAACUAAAAGACUGGUCUCUCGGGAAACAGUUAAUUUUGUUUCCUUCUAAUCCCAAUGUCAACAUUGAGAUUCUCGUGAAACAAAGUUAACUGUCUCCCUCAGGAACAGUCAUUAAGUGUUUUUAUGGUGAAUGGUCUGUCUCGGUUGCCAGUUCCUGCAUUUGCCAGUUUUAACUUGCUUCAUUUAAAGCGUUGUCCAUUUUUUGUUUCUUGAAGUAAAUACCCGCAAAGAAUUGACUGUAGAAAUAAUAUUUUAGUUAAUAGUAAUUGUAAAGGAUUACUUCAGUAUUUGGGAGGCUUUUUUUGCGUACUCAGCGCUUUUAUGUGACUUUUCUACCAAAGUUACCAAACCAAUUCUAAUUAAUGGAGGAAGCCUGAUGGGAGAGGUUUUCCGUUAUGCGAUUAAAACGUCUUUGUCCCUUAAUUACAACUUCACAAUUUCUCUUGUCUUUCUCAAUUUUAAAUUACUGCAUAUUGGACAGAGGAACUAUCAAACAUGUCGACCUGCAAGCAAACUCGUAUGCAAAGUGAGACUCACUGACAAAAUACUUCUCUCCUCGAAAUUUCCCGCCAAAAGCAUAUCUUGAUCGCCCCAACGGCCGUAAACAACAGAACAAGUUUGUCGCUUGAUGACUUCAUUGCGGACACCAAAAAAUAUAUAGAAAUAUACAUGAACCACCGGAGCAGGGCUCUACUAUCCACGCGCUGUGCGCGCGACAAACUUUAAAAGCGUCUGCUUCGCGAGGAAAUAUUUCAAUUAGCAUUAAGGGAUUUUCUUUAUUUUAGACUCAACUUGACGCCCCACAGUUACAAGACACACCAGAUCCCGUGGGUAAGUUUCUUUAUAGAACACAUCAAUUCGUACCAAAGAAAAGACCAAAGCAAGAUUGCUUCUUCUUCAGACGCUGCUUGUUUUGCUGGGAUUAAAUUUGUUUGACAACGGUCACAAAUAAUGCAUAGAAAUUAUUCGUGACUGAUGUGCAAUCAUAUCAAAUGCAAUAUCAGUAUGAUUGACACCCUGCGAUCAGAGCCUCAUUCUUUCGUCUUGAUCAAGGAGAAGAAACGGAGGUUCUGCCUGAAACGCGUCAAGCCUUGAAGUCGCCACAAUCCAAACUUCUGGACUAGUCAAUGUUGUUCCCUCCCGUCAAACUAGUGUUUCUAGUAUGAGCAUCCGUUUAAUAAUAUACCGAUAGUCAUAAUAUGAGCUCCUUUUACCCGGCGCACGAGUAUAAGGCCUGGGUUCGAAAAUGUUUCCUAGCAACAUGCAGCGCAUGUUCAACAAAGAUCUAACUCGAUUCAAGCAGAGUUAUUUUCAAGUACGUCAAAAUCGAGUAAGCGAAGCAAAAGCUCUGUUGGCAGAAUGUACGGUUGGCGCCAAACAUUGUAAGACUGUGAUAGAAAGUAGCCACGGCGUAAAUUUAUGUAAUCAAAUGAAUAGACUCUCCCACGGUAUUUUUCAACUUUUUACAUGGACAAGUAAGGGAAAAUCCGUUGACACAACUGGAGCGCCCUAAAACUAGUAAAAUUGCAAAAUUUGAAAGUGAUUUGUUGAAAACUAAAGAAGAUAUAGUUCCUUAAAGUCGCUAAAUUUUGCAGAUGUUUAUAUGGUGGGGGACCCAAACUUGCCCUCCCCCCCCCACCUCCAUACAAACGACUGUAAAUUUUCGCUCGCUUAAGACGUGUGACUUUCAAACUUGGCAAGUUUAUUAAUUUUAAGGCGCUCUUUCCAGUCGUGCCGACCGAUUUUCCGUAACUGGUCCAUCUGAAAAGUUUAAAAAACUGUGGAAGGGUCUGUUCCGGUUUAAGUUAUUCCCUUAAACUUUCUUUGACAGCUUCCCUUGCAUGGCUUGAUUUUACACCUCAGUGGUGCACUCUUUCUGGACGAGCUUCCUUUGGUGGCGAGAAAAUCACGGCGGAACAGUGUAAAGAGAAAUGUAAAGACGGAUGCCUUGGUGUGGAGUGGUGGGAAAAAUCACGCAGCUGUUACGAGUGUGCGGAUCCCUCCAAAAAGACCGCGUAUAAGCACACUAAUGACAAAGGUUAUCCCCCUCACGUGUUCCUUAAAAUCUGA